AUGGCAUCCCUGCUGUACCCCUCGGGCGCAAAAGUACACACUCAGCUCACCCCUUUCCAACAGACGCUCAAGCUCGCACGGCACACGCCUUCGUCGCAAAAACCCACAUGCUCCGGCUACCGCCCCUCGUCCGACGCGGUUCUGGCAGUGGACCCCGUGUCCGAGGUGGAUGCGACGCCAGAUGAUUCGCGCGACGACCAGCUCCGAGCCGCCUGGUCGUCUCAACCGUGCGCUGCUUGCGCCCUCAGCGUCACCGGCCAUGCCGCUGCAGACAGCCUCGACCCGACGGAGCGUAUCAGAAGGCUCAAGGUCGCAGUCAGGAUCGACGAGCUGCUCGAAGACGAGGGCAAGCUGCUCGACUUCGCCUACGCCGACGACGGCGUCCUCUCGCUGCGCAAGCAGAUGCAGCUGCCGCACUCGAUCAGCCAGGGCAUCAGAGACCUUAGCCCAACAUCCCAACUCAGCCCCUUACCCGAUGCCACGCCCAGCCCGCACCUUGCCAGCAGCGCGAUACCCUCCGGCAAUGAAAGGUCUGGCGGCCCGUCCUCGUCGACGCCGCUGCUCAAGUCUCUCAACCGCAAGCGCAAGGCCCGAUCUCAGUCGCGUUCGGUCUCGCCGUACAGGGACCGCGACGCCUCUGUUGCAACGUCAAGCCGCCUCUCCAGCCCAGAGAUGGCCCAGCCCUCGAACUCUGGCUCUCGGCAGGCUUCCACCAUGCCAGAGAGGGCCAGCGGCGAUUCGGAGCAUCUUGCCAAGCGCCGACGGAUGUUUAACGCCGGAGAUGCCGAGGAUGGAGGAGAGAGCGACGGGGAGGGCAAGGCCGGCGUAUCGGAACCGGCGGCUGAGGCCGAGGGCCUGGCCGCAGACGCAGACGCAGACAAGAAGAAAGCGACUGACGACUCAACCGAGGUCAAGCAGGAGAAUCUCGAGACGGACGAGGUGGAGCCGAAGAGCGCAGCAUCGGCCGUCGAAGAAGGAGUGGCGCCCAAAAAGGAGCGGCCCGCCGUGAUCGAGGAGCGGACAGGUCUGAUUCAAUUCCGAGUGGUCACCAACGACGGCAACCCCGAAUCGAUGAUUCUGCUCAUGGGCCUCAAAAACAUCUUCCAGCGGCAGCUGCCCAAGAUGCCGAGAGAGUACAUCACCCGCCUCGUGUUUGACCGCAACCACCAGAGCCUGGCCAUCGUCAAACGCGGUCUGCAGGUGGUCGGCGGCAUCACCUACCGGCCCUUCAAGCAGCGCAAGUUUGCAGAGAUUGUGUUCUGCGCCAUCACCAGCACGGAGCAGGUCAAGGGUUACGGCUCGCAUCUGAUGAACCACCUCAAGGAUCAUGUCAAGGCGAGCUCGCCGGUGAUGCACUUCCUCACGUACGCCGACAACUACGCCAUCGGCUACUUUAAGAAGCAGGGCUUUACCAAGGAGAUCAACCUCGACCGCGAGAUCUGGGUGGGCUACAUCAAGGACUACGAGGGCGGCACGCUGAUGCAGUGCACCAUGGUGCCGCGUGUUGCGUACCUCGAGUUGCAAGACAUGCUGGCCAAGCAAAAGGAACUGAUCCUGGCCAAGAUCCGCACCAUCAGCCGCAGCCACAUCGUCCAUCCGGGUCUCGAGGUGUUCAAGGACCGCGACCGGCUGAUCCGGGCCAAGGGCCUGAUCGAGAAGCCGGACGGCACGGUGGGCGUGCCGACCAAGAGGGAGGGCGAGGAGGAGGGACCCGACGAUCCGACGGCGACGUUCUUGGUUGACCCGAAAGACGUGCCAGGCCUCCGCGAGAGCGGCUGGACGCCCGAGAUGGACGAGCUGAGCCGCAGGCCGAAACGCGGACCCCACUUUGCCGUCAUGCGCCACAUCCUGGUCGAACUCAACGGUCACGGCAGCGCAUGGCCGUUUGUCAACCCGGUCAACACGGAGGAGGUGACCGACUACCUCGAUGUGAUCAAGAACCCAAUGGACCUGUCGACGAUGGAAGCCAAGCUGGAAAACAACCAGUAUGCCAACGUCGACGAGCUGGUCAAGGAUGCGCAGCUCAUCUUUGACAAUUGCCGCAAGUACAACCCGGCCUCGUCGCCGUACGCCAAGAGCGCGACCAAGCUCGAAAAGUUCCUGCACGACACCGUGCUGCCCAAGGUGCAGAGCUCCCUGUGA